GUUAUUGUGCAUGUCAAAAGUAUGUUUUGAAUGCAACACUCGUGUUUUCUUUGAUUGUGCUGGCUCUGAAGCGACCAUAGUUGAUUCUUUUCAUAUUCUUUUUCUACAUUAAAUAAAUUUUAUGCAAAAUGGAAAUUAUCAAUCCCAAUGCCGCAAUCCUAACCAACUUCGAAGUUAUGAGCACACUAAAAAACAUGAAAAGCAGCAAAAAGAAGCAUGGAUUGCGCAAUUUGGCCACCAUCACGUAUGAAACGGUUCAAUACUUGGAGGAUACAGCAUGCAAAGAACAAUGUUCUGAGUCUAUAGUAGAGUUCCUGAAAGCAAUGAAGCAGUUCAAUCUGACUAAAAACGAGUGCUUAAUGAUGAUAAACGAUCCCCCAGGCUCAGCACUUCACAUCCAAAUUAUGAUAGAGGAUUCAGACGAACGCUUGACGGACGAACAAGUUAAUCUGAUAAUAGAGUAUGCUUCUAAGUUACGUGCAAGUCCUGUAGAAGAAGAAGGUCAACUCGGGGAAGGUUAAAAGUAAAUUAUUUCGGAUUCUGAAAAUUUUUUUAAGGCCACUGAAUAAAGCCGAAAAACUGAAAUUAGCACGCAAGUGGAGAAAAGUGCUUAUAGCAAAUAAAAAGUUUUAUGUCAGAACAGAUGCUAGAAAGCAUCUACUUCCAAGACGAUAUACCUGCCUCUUUCCACAGACUUCUGUUCGGAGCAGCAUUUUACUUGACAGUAGUCUUACGAAUUAGCGCUUUAUACUGUAACGAUAAUGAAUUGUCUUGAAUAAAGAUAUUCGCUGAAUUUG